AUCUAUCGAUGUUAUGUUAUCUCUCGUAUGUCACAUGAUUACAAAUCUCGUUGCGUGAUUGACACCUAUCACGAUCGACUGAAGUGCCGAGAAUAUAACGAAACAGCCAGGACGGUCACUUAUUUGCACUAACAAUUUCUGAGCACUUGCGUGAGCAGUAGAUGUUUCGAGAUUAAACUAAAUUGUUACAUUUGGUUAGUAAACAUAUAUAUAUCUCAGAAUGAAGAUCUGUGGACCCAAGUACGCCUUGUGCGGUUUAGUGUUGUCCGUUUGGGGCAUAUUUCAAUUGCUUCUCAUGGGAAUAUUUUUCUAUAUUCGGAGCGUAGCGCUGGUGGAAGAUCUACCAUUGGGAGAGAGGAACUUCACUUCACUGAGUAAUUUCUACGACGUCGUGGAGCGUGGCUAUCUGCAGAAUGCGUACAACUGCUGGAUCGCCGCGUGCAUUUACGUUCUUACCUUUCUCUUCUCGGGUCAUCAGUUUUAUCUUAAUUCCAGAUCUUCUCUUAGCGUAUAAAUGAAUGCUUUCAAUGGAAACGAGAGUUCCAAAAUGUUAAAUAUCUAAUUUGUAAAUUACAUAGCUAAGAACUAUAGUUCAUAGUUGUAUAGUUCAUAGCUAUAUGAUAGGAUUAUUAUCCAAAUCUGUCUAUUCAACAUGUGCUUCUAACAAAGUGUUAAAACUGAAACGUUGUUUUGCUAUUCAUCUGUAUAUUGUGCAAUUUUUCAUGCAUUAAAAUACAAUUUCAUCUAUCGAUGGAGCUGAAGAAUAAAGUGUAGGUACAAAACAUUAUACGUGGAAAUAUCUUGCUGCAACUUUAUAAUUUAUUGUAUUUAUCAUGCAGUAGUGUUAACAUAAUUUUUCAUUUAUGUUAUACGUUUAAUGCAAUAAAUUGAUCGUAUGUAAACAA